AUGUUUAUUUGCAAAAGAUUACUUUGGGUUAUCAAAGAUAAAGGUGAAUCUUGGACUGGUCAAUACUUUUGUGAUAUAAUUUUGACUCAAAAUGUAUUUCCCUUCUUAAAAAAUGAAGAUAAUGUUAUUGAUCCUGAUGAAGUUAUAUUUGUUCAUGAUAAAGCACCAUGUAUGCUAGCAAAUAAAACCCAGCAUUUGCUUCAAGACAAUGAUGUUAAAUUUUGGGGUAAUGAUAUCUGA